AUGGGGCCUACAGACUAUAAAACUUCAGUAUAUCGCGUUGCUGAUAUCAUAGGAAAAUGGGACAAAGGAACAACAAAAGUUAGGAAGCGACUGUUGCAGGAUUUUGUUGUGGCGAACCAAGGUAAAACUGGCCCCGAGGUGGAGCACUAUUUUGCCCAAGCAGAGAGUCUUUUUCUCUUCAGAAUGACUUCAUGGCUGCGGUUGACAUAUAUGACUGGAACCUGUACACAUGAAAUUUUGUGUGCAGUCGCUGUCUUUCUGUCAGUAUCAAAUGGGCAUAAAUUUAUGGCAGACUUUAUAGAAUCUGGUGGGACAUUAACGUUACUAGAAAUUAUUGAUUUCAAGCAAACAAGGGAGGUAGAUAAAAGAGAAGCUUUGAAAUGCCUUUACAGUCUUGGAAAUGCUGGUAGGAAGUACAAGGAACUCAUUUGUGAGUGUUCUGGAAUUCGAGCAGUUGCAGAAUGCUUGGCCAGAUCAAAGCAAGAAGAAACUCAAAAUGCUUGCAAAACUCUUCUUCUUCUACUUGCUGAUGGAAAUCCAAAAUUUAAAAAUCAGGUAUAUAAAGGCCUCAUUGCUAUUUUGACAUGCAAUUCACCUAAAGCCCAUCAGUUAGCUUGUAAUGCUCUUCGAACAGUUCAACCAAUUGUAGCAUCAGUCAACUCUGCAAUAAUUGAACCAUUAUUAAAAUUGCUGGGUUCUCUUCACCUUGAAGUUCAAUUUGAAGUCACUGAACUUUUAAAAGAUUUAAUGCACUAUGAAGCUGCAGAUGCUAUAUUAACAGAACUGGUGGCUCUGCUAAGACCCGCUGCGGAAAAUAGUUUAACCCAAACUGAUCGGCCGUUAAGAAAUGGAUCUCCUGAUUUGAAGAUGCCAUUGUCUGCAUUUGUUCAGCAAGCUGCCGCUGCUAAAACUAUUGGAAUUUUGGCUAGAGAGUCAAAAGAAAUUGCAGCAAAGCUCAUUAAGCUGAGGGUAACUCAUCAUUUGUUGUAUGCUCUGGGAAACACACAACAUGCUGACAGCCAAAGACAAGCAAGUAUUGCUCUCAAGUUUUUCUGUCAGAAUUUCUACAUUGUUGAUGACAGUGUGCAAAGUGCAAUGGGAGAAACUUUGUAUGAUCUUUUUAAGUCAAAUCCUGAAUCCUUGUAUCUGAAGAUGUCUGACAUUCAUGCUGAUGUCUUGGUAUCAAACCAAGUGAAUAUACCAAAAU